CAAGUGCGAUGUUCACGUGAAUAGUUCCAACCUAAAAUAAGCAACAUGAAGCAGAUAAAUCGACAAAAAAAUCAAAUACGUGGAAAUAAUGCAAUAUUUAAUUGAUUUUAUCACUUCUGUAGUAUUAUUCACUAAAACAGCAAAAGUACAUAUUUUGAAAAAUGGCCGGUCCUACAAAGAAGCCCAAGAAUUCCGAAGAAGCACCUGUUGAAUCAGGGGAUGAGUCUAUGAGCGAAGAUAGUGAUUCUGGAAGCUAUCAUGGGCAGCAGGUAGUCCAAGCAACUUUUGAGGGAAGAAACCCAGAAGGACAUGACUUUCAUGGAAUAAAACUGUUGUUAUCACAAUUGUUCUUAGGAGCAGAAAUUGAUCUCGGCCAAAUGGCUGAUAUGCUGAUAGCCCAAACUGGUGUGGGUUCUGUGUUGAAGCAGAGCGACCUUGAUAGCGACGAGGAAGAUGAUGAUGCGGAACUGGUAGAUCAAGCUGAAGUUUAUGGCAUAACCAGUGUUAUAAAUUUGACUUCACACAAAGAGACUCCUUGUGUUGUAGAGUUUUACUCUAUUUUGGAUCAAUUAAUUGCAAAGCACGCAAGUGAUGAAGUGCAACAAGGGUUUAAAAAGAUUUUACAUGGACGUAACAAACUGGGAUUUCUUAUAAAUGAGAGAUUUGUAAACAUCCCCUCUAAAAUAUCAGCGGCAAUGUUCAAUUCUCUUUAUGACGAGCUCCAAAGAAUACAGAAGAAAGAUAAGUCCUAUGCAUUUGACUACUUAGUUUUCAUCUGUAAAACAUCCAAACCGAAAGGAGAAACAGAUGCAGAGGAACAGUUUUCAAACGACGAGGAAGAAGUCUUUAGGAAGGCAGCAGAUGUAACGUUUGAUUUCAGUGUGGCAGAUCAGUGUGAUACUGGCUUAGAGGGCCGAUGGCUGUCCGCAGAUAAACAGUCGAUUCCAUUCAGAAGGAUAAUGCUGAUCAAUUAUAGUAAAUUAAAAGAUGUUAUCGAUGAAAUCACCAUUUUAGUUCAGUAAUAUAAAAUAUAUGUAUGAUUUAAA